GGUAAAAUUUUAAACUUGUACAAUCAACUUUGCAGGAAGUAGUUCUGGAAUUGGCGCCGCAGUGGCUAAACUGAUGGCAAGACGGGGGGCAAAGGUCACUCUUCAUGGACGCAACCAGGCCAAUUUGGACGCAGUGAAGGAGGAGAUUGUCCAAGUUACCGACAUCUCCAGCGAUGUAAUCAGCGUCACAGGUGACGUCACAGAUGCUGCAGUGAGAGAGAAAAUUGUGUCUGAAACACUGGACGCUUUUGGCCAGAUCGAUAUACUGCUCCUGCAGGCGGGUGCUGCCAUGUCCGCUCUUGGCAUCUACGGAGAGGCGGAAGAUGUCGCUGAGAUAGUCGCCUUCUACGCCUCCGACGCCGCGAGGCUCAUCACAGGAGACAACAACAUCAACGACGCUGGCAUCAGUCUGCCCUUUCUCUUCAAAGGGCCUCAAUGCAAGGAUUCCUGAUCUCAGUUUCCCCGCAUGAAACCAAAGGGAUGUUGAGCGACUGAAUAGCAUUUUGCUCCAUUAUAAUGAUGAUAAUAGGCAUGUAACUCGUAUCGAUGAUGAUGGUGAUGGUGAUGAUGAUGAUGAUGAUGAU